AUGCUGCGGUUUGAACCUUUUAAUGCUUUUUCGGCUUUAAAUGUUGCUGCAGUUUCUGGAUUUAAUACAGAUACAUUAAAGACUGGAACACAGAAACGUGUUUAUUAUUGUCAACGAUGUCUUAAUCACGAUAGAUUGGAACCAAGAAAAAAUCAUAAAUGUGAAUGUGCAUAUGCUAAUUGUAGUUGUCCUAAAUGUAUUUUAGUUGAAAAAAGACGUGUUUUAAAUACACAAUUACAUGAAUUAGAAGAUGUAUCUGAGUCCCCAAUAAAUUUGGAACAUGUAAAAAAAGAAGUUGAUGAUAUAUAUAAUGAUAAUGGUGAUGAUAAUGGAUCUUCAUCUGAGCAUUCUGCUGGUGGAAGAAUUAAAGGAGGUUAG